AUGACCCAAGAAAAUGCUCUUGAGGAAAAAUUGAGGCAAUACAAGGAUUUCAUAGACAGAAAAGGAGGACACUUGUACAGCUACGAUAAGACGGACAUCAUACAGUAUGCUCUUUGUGAAAGCAAGGACAGCCAUGUGUUUAAAGAGGCUUUAAAAUUGGCUAAACAUUCGGCACGGCUUUAUUUUCAGCUGCAAAAACCUUGUGAAGAACUGGACUAUUCUGAAAUCAUAAAUAUUCGAGAUGACAUCACUGCUGCUUGCUUUGUGGAUUCUCCGCAGCAUAUUCUCAUUGGAACCACCAACGGAAAAAUCAAAUUAUUCUAUGAGCAAUCCGUGAAAGAAAUCUCGAGUUUUGUGGGACACGCAGGGGCUAUUAAAAAUUUGAUUGUCAGUCCAGACAAGGUUUACUUUUUGUCUGUCUCCAUUGAUGGCACAAUCCUGCUUUGGAAAUUUGCGGCGGACAGUUCGAGGAAUAGCAGAGACUUCACUAACGAAGUUCCAAUAUCUCCGAAGACGCGGCAGUCCUACUGGCAGGACAUCCACACACCGGAUCGCGGCCAAGUCUCCCCUAGAAAACGCUUCCAAGUCCAUGACAGCGACGAUUUCCUGAUCUCGGCCGCCUUUUGCUCAGCUUUCCCCGACACAUUCCGCAUAGUGACCGGCUCGAAUCGUGGCAACGUCGUCGUGUGGGACGCCAUGAACGAGACGCAGCUCUAUCGCACCGGGCACCGGGGACUGCCCGCGCCCUGUGUGAUGUACUGCGAAAAAGAGGGCAGGCAUUUCGUCAAGUUCGCCUGCCAGGACUCCAUUUUCGUGUACGAGAUCGAGGACGAGAAGAUUUCGUUGGCGAAAUCUUUGGACACAUUCUACGACGAAGACAAGUCCGUCCACAUUUUGCUGAUAGGGUCGGAUAGCAAAACGUUGCAGCAGUGCCAGAUACAGCCAUAUGAGAGAGAGCCCCAAAUGGAAUACAUUCCGGUUUUCAUGCCGUAUUGGAAGACGAAAAAUGCUCUCACUGCUAUCGUCAGCGAAGAGAACAGGAUACAGAGCGGCGAGAUCCGCCAUUUUGAAAUCAAGACGAAGAUCGACGAGGCUCUCUGUGACGCCUCCGAGACGCCGGUGACUUACCUCAAGUGCUACGACGCUAGCAACGCGUACCAGUACCGGGGCAGGUUGGGUUCGGGCAGCAGUUCGGACAGUUUGGAUUUGUUGGACCGUCCGGAAGGAAUGGUGGUGUGCGUUUUUGGGAACGAUCGGAUUGCCGUUUUCAAGCAAGGCGAUAGGUUGGAGAGGAGCAUCCUCAAACCCCUGAUUUUCUACAAGAAUUCGCAGAUGGUGAUCGUCGAUUCGUUCUGCGGCAUCUACAAGUGGGACUUGGAUAGCGAUAAUUUCGUACAAAUCGAAAAUCGGCAUAUCUUCGAGCCGGUUUGGAAGACUUUCGACAAGUACCCAACCAUAUCUCUGGACUUGCAUGACGAUCCAGUGGAAGAUUUGCUGUUUUCGCCGAAUAUGGAGCCCAUUUUGGUCAGUUUGGGUGAGCAGAUCGCCUGGUGGAAUCUCAAGAGUUUUCUGGAGACGAAGAAGAAACGCGGAAGACCAAAAAGCAUCGACAUCUUGGACAAUCUCAGCUGCGACUUGCGCUCCAUGAACAUAUCCCUGUGGGGCGAUCGCCAGCCCUUGCCUGGCUGUUCCCACCUUUUGGCCUGCAUCAAGUUGAACGGCAAGGCCAAGUACGUGUCGGCUUCCAACGAUUUCAACUCUUUUCUAACUAUAGAUGACAACGGCAAAGUGUACAUCAUGGAGAUAGUCCAUCCCGAUUCGUAA